UGGGGAUAGGGAUUGACAAGGAUUUCAGUGAUUCUUUCGAUUGGGAUUGUUUUUGUUUGGUGGAUUUAUAUAUAUGUGUGUGUGUGUGCAGUGUCUAUAUUUGAAGAAUCUUUAAGAGGCAAUGUGUAAAGGCAUAAAGCCACUACUUUCGUCUCCACUCUUGAAUAACCCGCACGUGAUUUCUGCACGCUUUUACAGGUUCUCUCACUCUCUCUGUUCGUUGAUUGGUGGUGGGCGAUUCAUCUAUCUGUUCUUAGCACUGUUUGAUUGGCUUUGAACUGUUGAGUUUGAGGGUUUAGACUUUAGAGGGAGCUUGGUAUGGAUAUCUCCAAUGGAGUCUCCAUUGACAUUAUCAAUUUAGCAUUUGGUUUCCUGUUCUUGGCCUGGGUUUUGAUUGAAGUUUUUAGGUCAAGGAGAGACAGAGGAGAAAACCAGUUGAAUGGAACCUCGAGAGAAAUGUCAGUUUUUACCAAAAUUACUCCUCUUUCUAACCUUAUUCUCUCCAUUUUGUACAUGGGUUUUGGACUUUAUGAGUAUUGGGAUGUUAGAAUCAUAAGUUGGAAAUCUCUUUCCUUGGCCAUCACUUGGAUUCUAGCUGCUGGAGUUGCAUUCUGUUCACAAAGGAGAAGUCUAAGAGAAGGGAGGGGGUGGCCUGUGGUGAUUGUUCUUUGGUGGUUGUUUUCUUUCAUUUUUGAGACACUUUCGGUCUCUUUUUACAUCAUCACUUAUUUUAGAUUCACAGAGUGGCCUAAUCCCUUGCCAAAGCCUAGCAUACCUGAUUUUGUUUCCUUACUUUUGUUGAUCUUGCUGUGUUUUAAUGCCGCGACGACAAUUUGUUGUUGCAUUAAACUAAAUGAUCUUGAGCACCCUUUACUUCAAAAAGAGAGCGGAAAAUAUGUCGAAAAGGGUGAUAGUUUCACUAAGGCUGGUCUUUGGAGCAAACUUAGCUUUAGAUGGCUAAACCCUCUUUUUGAUAGCGGGAGAACCCAAAAACUCGAAUUAGUUAAUGUCCCGCUAGUUCCUCAAUCUGAAGCAGCAGAACAUGCUUCCUUACUCUUGGAAGAAUCCCUUCGAAAACGGAAAAUUGAAGCUUCCUCGUUGUCAAAAGCCAUAGCAUCUGCUAUAUGGAAAUCUCUGGCAGUGAACGCAAUAUUUGCUGGAGUCAAUACCAUUUCAUCUUAUGUAGGACCUGUAUUAAUCACAAAAUUUGUGAACUUUUUAUCGAGCGAGCAUGAAGACUCAACCAACUACUAUGGCCUUAUUCUUGCAUUUGUCUUCUUACUAUCAAAGACAGUGGAGUCUCUAACGCAACGACAAUGGUACUUUGGUGCUCAUCGAAUUGGUGUUCGAGUAAGGGCUGCUCUCAUGGUAUUAGUCUUCAAGAAGUCAUUGUCAACCAAGUUUGCUAGUACUAGCAAUGGAAAAAUUACAAAUUUGAUCAAUGUGGAUGUUGAGAGAAUUGGGGACUUCUUCUCUUAUAUUCAUGGAGUAUGGUUGCUGCCAGUUCAGAUAUUCUUGGCUCUUGUAAUAUUGUAUUGGAACUUAGGUUUGCUACCUGCUGUUGCUGCACUCUCUUCCACAAUUUUGGUCAUGGUGAGCAACACACCAUUGGCUAGAAUGCAAGAGAAGUUUCAUUUGAAGAUCAUGGAAGCUAAAGACUCGAGAGUUAAAGCAACUUCUGAGACUCUUAAAAGCAUGAGAGUUCUUAAACUUCACUCAUGGGAAUCUACAUUCUCGGACAAGAUUUUCCAACUUAGAGGAACAGAGAGCAACUGGUUGAAGAAAUACCUCUAUACAUGCUCAGCAGUGGCCUUCCUUUUUUGGGCAUCACCGACUUUAGUUUCGGUAAUUACUUUUGGUGUUUGUAUAUUGUUAGAAACACCAUUGUCACCGAGCACAGUGCUCUCAGCUCUAGCCACUUUCCGAAUUUUACAAGAACCCAUUUACAACCUGCCAGAGCUCAUUUCUAUGAUUGCUCAAACAAAAGUCUCAAUUGAUCGAAUUGAAGAGUUUAUCACAGAAGACGAUCAAAAGUGGCUUACACCUCAUCAAACCUCAAGAGCAUCCAACAUUGCCAUUGAGAUCGAGAAGGGAGAAUAUGCUUGGGAUGCAAGUGAUCCAGCUUUGAGAAAACCUACAAUAAAAAUCACAGGGAGGAUGAAAAUAUUGAAAGGAGACAAGGUUGCAAUUUGUGGGACAGUGGGAUCGGGCAAAUCAAGCCUACUUUGCAGCAUUUUAGGUGAAAUUCCCUGUAUAUCUGGAGCAGGAAUUAAGGUUCAUGGAAAAAAGGCUUACGUUGCCCAAAGUCCUUGGAUUCAAACUGGUACUAUCAGGGAGAACAUACUGUUUGGGAAGCAUAUGAAAAAGGCUUUUUACGAAGAUGUGGUGGAAGGAUGUGCUCUAAAUCAGGAUAUCCAUCUGUGGGCUGAUGGUGAUUUGAGUCUAGUGGGAGAGAGGGGGAUGAACUUAAGUGGAGGACAAAAGCAGAGAGUUCAAUUGGCAAGGGCUGUAUAUAGUGACUCAGACGUUUAUAUACUCGAUGAUCCCUUCAGCGCUGUUGAUGCUCAUACUGGAACACAUUUAUUUAAGAAAUGUAUGAUGCAACUUCUGUCUAGAAAGACUGUCGUGUACGCUACCCAUCAGCUGGAGUUUUUAGAUGCUGCAGACCUUGUUCUGGUCAUGAAAGAUGGCAUGAUUGUCCAGUCUGGAAAGUAUGCAGACCUGAUUGCAGACUCUAAAGGUGAGCUUGUUCGACAAAUGACUGCCCAUAGAAACUCAUUGAAACAAGUGAACCAAGCACAUGUAGUCAUUACAUCAACCAGUGAACCAUGUCAGGUUAAUGAAAAUGAAGUGAUGGAAGAAAAUAUUGGAGAGUCGGUCGAUAAUUGCAAUCCUUGCGGGAUUUCAGGAAGAACUCAAGAAGAGGCAUCAGAAACAGGCAGAGUAAAAUGGAGUAUUUACUCGACAUUUGUCACUUCUGCUUAUAAAGGAGCUCUUGUCCCGGUUAUCCUCAUCUGUCAGGUCCUCUUUCAGGGACUGCAAAUGGGCAGCAACUACUGGAUUGCUUGGGCAACAGAGGAAGAACGAAUGGUCAGUAGAGAGAAGUUGAUUGGUGUUUUCAUUUUGUUGUCCGGAGGAAGCUCUAUCUUUAUAUUGGGAAGGGCAGUUUUUCUGGCAACAAUUGCAGUUGAAACUGCACAGAAUAUGUUUCGUGGCAUGACUGAAUCAAUUUUCCGGGCACCCAUUUCAUUUUUCGACGCAACUCCUACUAGUAGAAUCCUCAAUAGGUCUUCUGCAGAUCAAAGCAUAGUAGAUACAGACAUUCCUUACAGAUUAGCUGGAUUGGUAUUUGCAUUAAUUCAGCUUUUUAGCGUCAUCAUCCUUAUGUCUCAGAUUGCUUGGCAUGUCUUCCUUCUCUUCCUAGCAAUCCUCGGUAUAUCUGCAUGGUAUCAAGCGUAUUACAUCACCACGGCUAGGGAAUUGGCGAGGAUGGUUGGAAUCAGAAAAGCUCCAAUCUUGCAUCACUUUUCAGAAUCCAUUGCUGGGGCAACAACGAUUCGUUGUUUCAAUCAAGAAGACCGCUUUUUGGUGAAGAUUUUUAGCUUGAUUGACGAUUAUUCUCGCGUUGUCUUCCACAAUUCGGGGACAAUGGAAUGGCUGUGUGUUCGGAUCAACUUUCUGUUUAACCUUGUCGUCUUUAUUGUUCUGAUCAUCUUGGUGAGCCUGCCUAAAUCUGCCAUUGAUCCCAGUUUGGCAGGGCUUGCUGCGACCUACGGUUUGAACCUAAAUGUUCUUCAAGCUUGGGUCAUAUGGAACCUAUGCAAUGUUGAGAACAAAAUGAUUUCAGUAGAGAGAAUUCUCCAAUUCACAAACAUACCUAGUGAAGCUCCCCUCGUGAUCGCCAAUUGUAGACCGAAUCCUGAAUGGCCAAUGGAAGGAAAAAUCGAGCUCAGGGAGCUCCAUGUCCAAUAUAGUCCUACUCUUCCAAUGGUCCUCAGAGGAAUAUCUUGCAUCUUCCCGGGAAAAAAGAAAAUAGGAGUUGUUGGCAGAACAGGAAGCGGGAAAUCGACUCUAAUUCAAGCUCUCUUUAGGGUGGUAGAGCCCUCACGAGGUCAAAUUGUUAUCGAUGGACUCGAUAUUUCUAAAAUAGGCCUUCAGGAUUUAAGGUCAGCACUAGGUAUUAUCCCACAAGAUCCUACAUUAUUUCAAGGAACCAUGAGACACAAUCUUGACCCUUUGCAACAGCACUCAGAUCAAGAAAUUUGGGAGGUUCUCAACAAGUGCCGUCUAGCGGAGAUAGUAAGGAAGGACGCAAGGCUUCUUGAUGCACCAGUUGAAGAAGAUGGAGAAAACUGGAGCAUCGGACAGAGGCAGCUUGUCUGCUUAGCCAGAAUGCUACUGAAGCCAAGAAGAAUAUUGGUCUUAGAUGAGGCGACUGCGUCGAUCGAUACUGCAACUGACAAUGUGAUUCAACAGGCAAUAAGAAAACAAACGAGUAGAUGCACGGUCAUAACUGUGGCACACCGAAUACCCACUGUUAUUGACAACGACUUAGUUCUGGUUCUCGAUGAAGGCAAAGUUGUAGAGUACAAUUCCCCAUUGCAGUUGCUUGAUGAUAGUUCUUCUUCAUUCUCAAAGUUGGUGGCUGAAUUCUUGAGGAGGUCGGAUAAUCGUGACGAUUAGUUAGUAGUGAGUCCGCCAGCAUACAGCUCGGUCGCAUCUACAUACAGAAGCUCCACAAAGAUCAUAAGAAGCAUCAUCAUCGGAUGCAUCUGACUUGCCCUUGUGAAUAGUUGAAUGUUUGCAAUACAAGUUACAAGUAAUUUGAAUGGUAGUUAUAAUAUAACCCACGAAGUUCCUGCAAGAAAUGAAACUGAAGCUUUAAAGGCCAAGUCAACAGAUCUCCAGAGCCUUAUUGUCUUUGAAGGUGUGGUUCCUCAUACAUGCACUCAGCCUGACUAUAUUGUGUUUUAGUUCGCACUUUAUAAUUUUAUGACCCUAUUUGGGAUCGAACAACCCUUUUAACCGAGGUGGUUAAUGUAUAUAUUUGAAUUGAGUGUUACUCAAAUUCG